CUGCCGCCGCCGCCUGAAGAGGGCACUCCCGAGCGUGACGCGAAGCAUUGUGGGGUGGAGGCGGCUACCCCCGGUAUUGUCGGACGGAGCGGGAGGUGUAGCGGUUGCAGGAGAUCAGUGAGGACUUGGCGACGGAGGGAGAAUCCAUCAAACUGAGACGAAAAGUAAAUUCGCACGAGGAGCGGUGUUGCGACGGAGUGGAGAGACAUGGUGCGGAGUGAUCUAAUGAGCACCGCCGAGGACGUGGCGGACCAGUUCCUGCGGGUGACAAAACAGUACCUGCCCCACCUGGCACGCUUGUGUCUGAUCAGUACCUUUUUGGAGGAUGGGAUCCGAAUGUGGUUCCAGUGGUACGAGCAGAGAGACUACAUUGAGGCCACGUGGAAUUGCGGGUACUUCCUGGCCACGUGCUUUGUUCUGCUCAACCUACUAGGACAGUUAGGUGGCUGUGUCCUCAUCCUCAGCAGAAAUUUUGUUCAGUAUGCCUGCUUUGGUUUAUUUGGAAUCAUAGCUCUACAGACUGUUGCCUACAGCAUUUUGUGGGAUCUUAAGUUUUUGAUGAGGAACCUGGCACUGGGUGGUGGACUACUGCUGCUCCUGGCAGAGUCAAGAUCUGAGGGGAAGAGUAUGUUUGCUGGGGUGCCCUCCAUGGGCGAGAGUUCGCCCAAGCAGUACAUGCAGCUGGGUGGUCGCGUGCUGUUGGUGCUCAUGUUCAUGACCCUACUGCAUUUCGACACCAGCUUCUUCUCUAUCCUGCAGAACAUGGUGGGUACGGCUCUUAUCAUCCUUGUGGCUGUCGGCUUCAAGACCAAGCUGGCCGCUCUGACUCUGGUGGUGUGGCUCUUUGCCAUCAACGUGUACUUCAACGCAUUCUGGACGGUACCAGCCUACAAGCCCAUGCACGACUUCCUCAAGUAUGACUUUUUUCAGACCAUGUCGGUGAUUGGGGGGUUGCUGCUGGUGGUGGCACUGGGGCCUGGGGGUGUGUCCAUGGAUGAGAAGAAGAAGGAGUGGUGAGUUCCAUUUUCAGCCAGGAGGCGAGGACCCUGGCGUGCCUCUUCCAGCUGACUCCAGCCACCCCACCCCCUCACCCCCCCAACAGCUAAGGCCUCUCAUUCACUUGCUUUCUGUCCUUUUUUUUUUUUUUU